AUGGGCGCGCUCUUCACUGGCUCUGGCACCAUGUCCGAAGCGCGUGCAUCCGACCUUGCCUCAACCGGCAAUCUCGAGCGGGCAAGCGGGCGCGGCAAAGACGGCGGUUGA